GAGCCUCUGGAGGUGAGGGGAGCUCCGGGUGCUGAAUUUUGGGGGCAAAUAAUAGGAGUGGGCUCAGCCAUAUACCUCGGCCAGGCACUGGUGCGGCUCGGAGGCUCUGCCUGCCAGUGAUUUGUAUAGAUUCCGGCAUCAGAGAGGACAGGAUGGAAGAGAUGUGGGACUGAUGCUGCCGGUUCCCUGGAGAAGAGGCGCUCCGGAGUGCUGGGAACAGAACUUAAAAACCUACAAAUAUGUCUGGAAGGCUGUGGUCCAAGGCCAUUUUUGCUGGCUAUAAGCGGGGUCUCCGGAACCAGAGGGAGCACACAGCUCUUCUUAAAAUUGAAGGUGUUUAUGCUCGAGAUGAAACUGAAUUCUAUCUAGGCAAGAGAUGUGCUUAUGUGUACAAAGCAAAGAACAACACAGUGACUCCUGGCGGCAAACCAAAUAAAACCAGAGUAAUCUGGGGAAAGGUAACUCGUGCUCAUGGAAACAGUGGCAUGGUUCGUGCCAAGUUCCGAAGCAACCUUCCUGCUAAGGCCAUUGGACACAGAAUCCGUGUGAUUUAGACAACUUUUAAUGAGGAUAGUAUGUGAGUAUAUUAACACAAAGCCUUACCUGGUGGGAGAGACAAGCUUUGGUUGGGGACAGUGGAAAGAGUAUAUUGGAAGUGAUGGAGCCCUUGAACCUGGUCUCUGAAAAGCUUUUGAAGAAAUGGAGACAGCAUAUUCCAGGAAGGAGAGAAGCCAGAAAUUUUAGCCAGUACAAGAUCAACACCAUGACACAGAUUUCCAAAUCAAGAUGGAUCUAUAACUCUUCCCCAUAAAUUUAUUUCAACUUAAUAAACUUGGUACUAUGGUUUAUUAAA